CAUAUAUUGAUUAACAUCUCACAUAUUUAAUCCGGGGUGCCAGAAAAUCGCAAGUCGCAGUCCAAGGCGACAAAGCGUGUUUCACUCUCCUCACGAUGGCGAACAUCUACAAUAGUCAGUUGGACGCAUACUCGUUGUAUCACAAAAACCAAGAAGCUUCUUCUCCUUCUGCUCUCAAUGGACCUGCACUUCCUGCACUCGGCCAUGCAUUGGCGGGCUCCACUGGGACGGCCAUCUCGAAUCUAGCGAUAUAUCCUCUGGAUCUGGUGAUCACUCGACUCCAAGUUCAACGCUCACUUCGAAAGUCCUCUGCGAGUCAGGACGAAUACAAAGGUGUCAUCGAUGCAUUUGACAAGGUCUAUCACAAUGAAGGAGGGAUCAAGGCAUUCUACAGCGGGGUGGUCCAGGAUACUGGAAAAUCGAUUGCUGAUUCGUUCCUCUUUUUCCUGUUCUACAACUACAUUAGAACGAAUCGUCUUCAGAAGAAAGGCUUGAGUGCGACUACUCUUCCAGUAUUCGAGGAAUUGGCGGUUGGGACAAUAGCCGGAGCUUGUUCGAAGUUCUUCACUACGCCAAUUGCCAAUAUCGUCACACGAAAGCAAAUUGCGACCAUGGUAGCUGCUCGCUCGUCUACAAGUCUUGCAGAACCUAGCGCCCGAGAAAUUGCUGCAGAUAUCCGUAACGAGAAGGGACUUCAAGGCUUCUGGUCUGGGUACUCUGCUUCUCUUAUCCUUACUCUCAACCCUAGCAUCACUUUCUUCCUCUACGAGACCUUCAAGCGAGCAUUCCUUCCCCGUUCCGAGCGAGACAACCCUAGCACUCAUGUCACAUUCAUCAUGGCAGCCAUGAGCAAAGCCAUUGCCUCCACAAUCACCUACCCGUUCUCACUCGCCAAAGCUCGAGCACAAACAUCCUCCAAGCGACCCGUAGAUUCCGAGUCCGCUGAAAUCAUUAUGAAAGAAGCCGAGAACGUCGAAAACCGAUCCGACGUAAAGAAAGUCGGUCAAGACGCGAAGAAGUUUGCCCAGAGCAACACUGUAUUCGACACCAUCCUUAAGAUCUACAGGACAGAAGGAGCCGCGGGUUUGUAUGAAGGAGUUUUUGGCGAGAUAUUGAAGGGAUUCUUCAGCCAUGGAAUUACGAUGAUCAUCAAGGAGACGGUGCACAAGAUGAUUAUUCAGGCUUAUUAUCUGGUGUUGAAGGCGUUGAAUAGGUAUCCGAGUCCGAGUGAGCUGGCGAAACAAGCGGGGCAGUCGGUGCAGGAUGCUGGGGAGAAGGCUGGAGAUCUGGUAAAGGGGGGAUAUAAUAAUGUUACUGAGGCGGUAAGCAAUAUGGUGGGCGGCACGAAGGAAACUGCUGGUGUUGCAGCUGAAAGGGUGGGGGUUAUUGGAAACAACACUACCGAGGCCGCCAAGACGGCGAACGAUUAUGCGAGUAAGGAGGCCGGACAUCUGCUUGGAAAUGCUCAGGAAAUGCUAGGUGGGAAGAUUGAGAGGGUUGGUCAGGGGAUCAAGCCUGAGGAUUAAGUACCCAACAGAAGAUAAUGACGAGAUGAGGAACAAAUUGUAAUGGACUCGCAGCUGCAUGGCGUUUCUUUGAAAAUGCAAAAGCAUAUGGACAAGCAUGGAUUUGGGUUUGGUUGGCUCACAAAAUUGGACAAAUCUGUGUUCAUGGAGUUAUGUAUAUAUAAUCUAGCGCAGCGAGAAGUAAUAAGUCUUGUCUAUCGAAUC